AUGUCCAUGGUGCUGUCCGUGUACUUUGUCGGCCUGGCGCUCGGGCCCUAUGUCGGCGGCGCGCUCGUCCAGCACGGGGCCUCGUGGCGCUGGGUCUUUUACAUCAACCUGCCCGUCUGCGGCGCCGCCAUGCUCAUGAUCCUGCUGUUUCUCAAAGUCAAGCCGGGGCGUGCCUCUGACGGUGCCGUCGAUGCCGUCGGCGACACCCAUGCCGACGACGCCGACCGCAUGUGGCUGCUGCACAAGCUCGGCCGCAUCGACUACCUUGGCAACCUGCUGCUCAUCGCCUCGACCGUGGCCGUGCUGUACGCGCUGACCUACGGCGGCACGCGCCUGCCCUGGUCGUCCGCCCAGAUCGUCGGCCCGCUCGUGGCCGGCCUCGUCGGCCUCGCCCUGUUUAUGCUCUACGAGGCCUCGGCCACCCUCUGGCCCGCGUUCCCCCUGGCGCCGCGCGAGGCCGUCGUGCCCCCGCGCCUGUUUGCCAACCGCACCUCGGCCGCCAUCUUUGCCGUCACUUUUAUCAACGCCGCCCUCAUGUACUGGCUCUUCUUCUUUUUGCCCGUCUACUUCCAGGCCGUCCUCGGCAGCUCGCCCACCCGCUCCGGCGUCCAGCUGCUGCCGGCCAUUGUCAUCGGCGUGCCCGCCGCCAUUGCCGCCGUCCUGCUGCUGACCCGCUACGGCCGCUACAAGCCCCUGCACCUGUUUGGCUUCGGCGUCAACACCGUCGGCCUCGGCCUGCUGACGCUCCUUGACCAGGACUCGUCGACCGCCGCCUGGGUGCUGUUCCAGGUCGUCGUGGCCGCCGGCUCCGGGUUUGUGCUCAACACCCUGCUGCCCGGGUGCCAGGCGCCGCUGUCCGAGGCGGACCAGGCCGCCGCGACGGCCGCCUGGUCGUUUAUGCGCUCGUUUGGCAGUGUCUGGGGCGUGGCCAUCCCGGCCGCUGUCUUCAGCAACUACUUUGACCGCCUGGCAGCUCGGCCCGUGGCGCAGGGAGGCAUCUCGGACCCGGCUGUGGCGGCGCAGUUCCGCAACGGUCGGUCGUACGAGGCUGCCACCGCUGCCACCAUCCAGGCCAUACCGGAGCCUGUGCGGUCCGAGGUGGUCGGCGUCUAUGUGGCCGCACUCAAGUACGUGUGGCGGUACUCGAUCAUCCUGGGCGGCGUCUCGUUCUUUUUGGUCUUUUUCGAAAAGCAGGUCAAGAUGCGGACAGAGCUGGAGACGGAGUAUGGGUUGGACGACGGCAAGGACAAGAAGAACGAAAAGGCAAAGAAGGCAGACCUCGAGCUGAUUGAUGUAGCAAAGAACGGUGUGCUGGACGGUUAG